UUCACUUUACGCGCUAUGUUUUGUUUUACCGGAAGUUUGCAAUAUGCAAUAGGCUAAUAUUAAUCAUGGAAGAAAUUCGUUGUCGGACGCAUGGCCAACCAUGCAUGCUGAAGACUGGAACUAAACCUGGUGCUACUCAAGGAAUGAGCUUCUAUGUAUGUAGUAGAACUGACUCUUGUGGCUUUGCACAGAAGACAAAUCUAGCUUCACAAGAUUGUCCCAACCAUCCAGGUAUUACAGUGGAACUCCAGUCUUUGUCAUAUGGAAAGAUUUCUGGUGAACACAGGAGAUAUUUCCGUUGUCGGGGGCGACCAGAAACACAAACAUGGUGUGGCUAUUUUUCUUCCAAGAACAAUCCAUCACAAUUUCCAGAGAAAUUUACAAGCCCUCAAGAAAAACAAGACCAAAGCCAGGAGAAGGUUGGUAGAAGGUCAAGUAAUGAAAGAUGUGGUAACUCAGCUACCUCUGACCAGAUCACAAAUAAAAUGGAAAAUCUUGAUCUCCACUCUGGUAGGAAAGAACAAGGGGACAGAGACAGUACAAACACUAACAAAUUAAAACUCAAGAAAAACAUUCAAGCUGCUUCAGGACCAUCGGGAGAUAUCAGUUUUGCAGCAUUAUCUCAACAAAACAGACAGGAGAACUCCAAGAGCUCCACAGUGAAUGACGAUAGCGGUUACAGUGCUGAGAAGAAAUCUGCCUUAAAUCAUCUGAAGAUGGGUGGACGCAGGGAGUCUGCUGCAGCUUGUAUCGACCUCACAAGUGACAAUGACAGUGGUAGUGAUGGUGACAGUGGACAUGAAGAUGAAGGGUUAGACGAUCCAGACCUAUUUACUGAUCCGGAUGUAAUCAGUCUUAAUUCACAGGCUUCAGUGUCGCCGACAAACUCUAACAAUACUCAAAGAUCUGACACAAGUCCACAUGCUUCUGUUAUCAGUAAGACAAAUGAAACCAGACACAAUUGUCUUCCAUCUGAACGGACAACAGCAGAAAUGACAUCUGCGGUGCCAAAAAAUACAGUUUCUCAGUCCAACAGUGAAAAUCCAUCGCAUAUUACUAGUAAACCUACCAUGCCUUUGCAGUCCAAAGACAAAGAUCCGCAGUCAUCCCAACUCUCUGGAAAUUUGAAAGUUUCAUUACAGGCAAAACCGACGAUGACCUCUGGGCAGUCAAAGGUCACUGUUCCAGACCCAAUAGUCAAACACACAUCUCAAAAUAUCAGUACAACAGGAUUUCAAACAGCAAGCCAGUUUAGUCUGAAGCAAGAUAUUGAUGCAAGAGAUAGCCUAUUGAAACAGUUACAAAAACAGAAGCAAAUCAUAGCGACUGUAAAAAUGUCAACCCUUCCAGACCGUGGAAAAAAAUUGAUGGAGGAAGUACAGAAACUUCAGAAUGCCAUUUCCAUCUACAACAAAAAAAUUGCUGACCACAGUACUAAGAACAACACAGGUACAGUCAAACAUCCAGAAAUCAAAGUGAUUAAGGUACCUGCUAAACCAGGAGGCACACAGAACACAACAGGACAACUCCAACAGCUACCCCCAGGUGUCAAAGUGAUUCGACUUCCUGCCCAGCCUGGGAGUGCCCAUACCUCACACAAUCCUGACGGACUCCGUCAGACCAGCAUCUUGCAACACACUGCCCAGUUACCACCACACAUCCUUCAGCAGUUGUAUGCAGCUAAUCCCCAGGCUAUGCAGCUUUAUGGUGGGAGGAUGACGGCUGCUCGUUUGAGGGAAGUUGGCAGCAUCACGAAGGAAGCCAUCGAAAAACUACACAAACAGCUGGAGACCUGUCCAGGAGAAGAGAUCGAGCUUACAGAUCCCAAGGGACUCGCUGUUCCACUGAUGACUCACCAACGAAGGGCUUUAGCCUGGCUGACAUGGAGAGAGAAACAACAACCUCAGGGUGGAAUACUCGCUGAUGAUAUGGGACUUGGCAAAACACUGACAAUGAUCUCCCUGAUAGCCAAGCAGAAGGAAUCACAGCUGGAUACAGAUACAGAGCAGCCAGAGGAGGAGGAAUGGAAGAGCAAAGAUAAGGAAAUGAAAAAGUAUGGAAAAAAUCUGGUGAAGUCCAAAGCGAGCUUGGUUGUGUGUCCAGCUUCUCUCAUCCACCAGUGGCACAAAGAAAUAGAGCGAAGGUGUCGGUCAAACCUUCUGUCUGUUCUCCUCUAUCAUGGACCCAAUAGGGAGCAAAAUAUUAAAAGACUUGCUGAGCAUGAUGUAGUCAUCACCACAUAUAAUAUUGUGGCUAAAGAAGUUGGAUCCUCAACAACAAAUGCAGACGAACCAGUGAAGGAUGAUGAGGAAGCAGAAAGUCCACAGUCCGAGGGCUCAGAUCCUGUACUGCAGUGUAAUAUGCUAAGAAUCGUGUGGGAUAGAAUUAUCCUGGAUGAGGCCCAUAACAUCAAGAAUCAUAAGAGCCUUACAUGUAUGGCUGUGUGUCGUUUGAGAGCAACUCAUAGAUGGGCGAUCACUGGAACUCCCAUACAGAAUCAGCUCCUGGACAUGUACUCUCUGUUGAGGUUUUUGAGAUGCUCCCCAUUUGAUGAGUACAAAGUCUGGAAACGUCAAGUAGAUACAGGAAAAUCUUCAGGACAAAAUCGACUCAACAUUCUAGUGAAAUCACUACUCUUACGGAGAACAAAGACGCAGACAGACAAGGCCGGGAAGCCCUUGGUUGCCAUGACUGCCAAGUCCAGUCAGGUCUGGGAGUUGGAACUUUCGGAGAGCGAGAGAUCUGUUUAUGAUAAAGUGUUUUCUCAGUCUCGGUCUGUACUAAAGGAAUAUCUGAGAAGGCAAGAUGAGAAAGAAGGCAUCAUUAAAGAGAAUGUAAAUCCGUUUAAAGACCGUGAGGAUGAUGGACGAGGUGAUGGGGCAGCAUCGCACCAGAACAAGAAGGUUGGCGCUCAACAGAUUCUUGUGUUACUGCUGAGGCUGAGACAGUGCUGCAGCCACCUCAGUCUUAUGAGAGAUGCAUUUGAUGAGGAGACAGCUGAGUCUGAAGGACUGGAAUUAGACAUUGCUGAACAAAUGAGGGAUCUAAUGCUGGAAGAACCAGGCAAACCAGAGGAACCCAAGCUGAUCACCAAAGCAUCACCAGUGUUUGAACAGUCGUUCUUAAGCACAAAAAUGAAGUUCUUAUUAGACAAGCUAAAAGAGAUCAGAGUAGGAAAAACACAAAAACAAAAAAGUGUAAUUGUGUCCCAGUGGACGAAGAUGUUGGAGAUCGUCGGCCUUCAGUUGGACAAACUCAACAUUAAAUACAGCAUCAUCAAAGGUAACAUCCCCCCAAAGAAGCGUACAGAAGCAGUGGAUGCCUUUAAUUCGAGCAGCGGUGGCCCAGAGGUGAUGCUGGUAUCUCUACGUGCAGGAGGAGUGGGACUUAACCUUAUUGGAGGCAAUCACCUAUUCUUAUUGGAUCAACAUUGGAACCCUUCCCUGGAGGAACAAGCCUGUGAUAGAAUCCAUCGUGUUGGACAGAAGAAAGAUGUCUUCAUACACAGGUUUUUGUGUCGUGGCACAGUUGAAGAGAAGAUUGUACAGUUACAGAAACGGAAACAAGCCAUAGCAGAUAAUGUCUUGUCUGGAUCUGGUGUGUCCAAGACAAAGUUAACACUUGCAGAUCUCAGAAUGAUAUUUGGAGUGUAACUUGCAGACUUCAGAAUGAUAUUUGGAGUGUAACUUGCAGAUCUCGGGAUGACAUUUGGAGUGUAACUUGCAGACCUCAGAAUGAUAUUUGGAGUGUAACUUGCAGACUUCAGAAAAAACAUUUGAAGUGGAACUAAAAUUUGAUCUCCAUAUUGAUAUCUGUGAUGGCCGUAUUGGUAGAGUUGUGGCAGGAUCAUUGAAACCUGAUGUAACAGACUUGGGCCGAUAUAAAACAGUUAAUUUGUGAACUGCUCUGAGCAAUGUUAUUAUCAAUUAAUGUGAUACUCUUAAUAGGUCAUAUCUUAGUGUUACAGAUUUGGUACAAUAUGAUGGACACACAAUCAUGAUAUAAUUUAAAUGCUGAACUAUGUACCAACAUAAAGUUUCUGCAGUAACUGAUGGAUAUCAAGAAAAAAAAUUAAGAUUAAUUUCUUAAAUUAUGAUUUUAUUCCUAAACUAAGAUUUUUAAAUGAAAAAAUGUAUUGUCUAUAGGGUGCUUGAUGACAAACAAUUUGAAGCUGUGAAUUCCUAAAAUCCUUUCGCACAAAAAUCUGUGGAUGUAUUGGCAACUUCAAGUGUUUAUAGUGAAGUCAUGUAGAGUUGAUCAAAUACAUGUAUUAUUGAAGCUUGGUAAGGUCUACCAUUAUAAUAUCCACACGAGUGUGUAAUAUGUCGCGCAUACCACUACGAAACAAACCCCUGUGCCCUGACGAUGGCCUGUAAUAUGUCGCUCAUACCACUACGAAACAAACUCCUGUGCCCUGAUGAUGGCCUGUGAUAUGUCGCUCAUACCACUAUGAAACAAACUCCUGUGCCCUGACGAUGGCCUGUAAUAUGUCGCUCAUACCACUACAAAACAAACUCCUGUGUCCUGACGAUGGCCUGUGAUAUGUCGCUCAUACCACUACGAAACAAACUCCUGUGCCCCGACGAUGGCCUGUGAUAUGUCGCGCAUACCACUACAAAACAAUCUCCUGUGUCCUGACGAUGGCCUGUAAUAUGUCGCGCAUACCACUACGAAACAAACUCCUGUGCCCUGACGAUGGCCUGUGAUAUGUCGCGCAUACCACUACGAAACAAACUCCUGUGCCCUGACGAUGGCCUGUGAUAUGUCGCUCAUACCACUACGAAACAAACUCCUGUGCCCUGAUGAUGGCCUGUGAUAUGUCGCUCAUACCACUACGAAACAAACUCCUGUGCCCUGAGGAUGGCCUGUGAUAUGUCGCUCAUACCACUACGAAACAAACUCCUGUGCCCUGACGAUGGCCUGUCUAAAGCUGAAACAUGUCGUCAACCAGCUAUAGAAGAAAGUAGAAUAUACUAAUUAGAACAUGGCUUCAGGAGUUGAGGAGGCCCUCUUCUUGCUUUAAUUGUUUACUCUGUUUUUAUGAUGGCUCUGUAUCCACUAGGGAUCCUGGAGUCUAGUACAUGUACAACAACACACAUAUGAACUUUAAUAGUAGGACAUUGGUUCUUAGAGAAUUUCUGUUACUGGAGAUUUCCCCAUAUGUUUAACUCCCAAUGAGUUACUUGCCGCUGUGUUCCUCAGUCAAAACAAAGUUGAAUUUUAACAAUGAGUCUAGAGAAGACAAUUUAACUGUAAAACAUGCCAAGAUGGUAAAACUAUUGAAACACUGCAGUGUAAUGUAUCAAUACAGCUGUCGUGCUAACAAAGUAGUGCUGAGGCAAGGUCUAUAGGUGCAAAUCUUUUAACGGUGCCCAGAAUAAAUAAAAAUACAUUUUAAUUGAUGUCAAACAAGUGUAUUUAAUGUACCAUAUUAUUUAUUUUAAGAAUAAAGAACUAAUGAGAAGAUAA